UGGGUUGAGCGUGUGCGCAGUUUGCAGCGCUCUCCUCGCACGCGGUGGGUGCCAUGUUUCCCGCUGCCCGCUAUUUCCUGCAUCGCUGCAAAGGCGCCAGUGGUUUGUGCAGACUGCAGUUCGCAGCUGUAACGGGGCCGCGUUGGUACAGCUCGAUGGCUGAGCCGAAACACCGGGUUUUCAUGGACAUUUCUGCGGGCGGCAAACCCCAGGGCCGGAUCGUGAUGGAGCUCAGGGCUGAUGUGGUCCCCAAAACUGCAGAAAAUUUCCGUGCAUUGUGCACUGGCGAGAAGGGAUUUGGUUACAAGGGCUCGAUAUUCCACAGAAUCAUUCCCGGCUUCAUGUGCCAGGGUGGUGAUUUCACAAAGAACAACGGCACUGGUGGGAAGUCCAUCUACGGUGAAAAGUUCGCCGAUGAGAAUUUCAAACUGCAGCAUCAGGGGCUUGGUACCCUGUCUAUGGCCAAUGCUGGACCAAAUACAAAUGGAUCCCAGUUCUUUAUAUGCACUGCAGAUACUCCAUGGUUGAACGGAAAGCAUGUUGUAUUUGGUAAAGUUAUAGAGGGUAUCGAGGUCGUAAAGAAGAUGGAGAACUUGGGCAGCGGUAGUGGCAAAACCAGCAGUAAUGUCAGCAUCGUUAAUUGUGGACAAAUGUGAAUGGAAUUAUGAUUAAAUAAAACUUGAUCACUUGUGAUUACAAA